GCUGCUCUUGCCACCCCAUGAGCACUCCCAAAGCCUUCUAGUUUUCCUUUCCCGUCUUAUCCCAACCAGCAGAGCCGAGCUCCAUAAAACUCAGGAGACAAACCCGCACAGACUCUAGUUAUAGAUAUUUGCUAGGAUCUCCCUAGAAAGAGAAAAGAGGGUUUGUUGUUAGAUUAUAAUCCUACCCUAUCUAUCACUCUGAUCUCCAUAACAUAUAUUUCCUCUUUUUAUAGGCAAGAUUCAGAGGUUCCCAGGUAUCAUGGAAAAAAGCUGUCAUUCCUCCACCUCCACGACCAUCCCGAAUCCCAUCACCACCGCUGCCGCUGCCGCCGCCGCCGCCGCCAGUUCCAGCAGCUCUGUAAGCACUUCCUCCUCCUCCUCCACCACCACCACCACCACCACCACCACCACCACCACUAGCUCUCACAUCCAGACCUCCCUCAAGUCCCUCAACAAGGCCUCUUAUAAGAUCUCUAAGCCCCUCCCCAAAAAUCCAAACCCUAACUCCACCCGCCCCUCCCCGCCGCCCGCCGCUAUAAAUAGCGGCGGCGCUCCGCCUCAGCAGUCGCAGCCCCCCGUCUAUAACAUCGACAAGAACGACUUCCGAGACGUCGUCCAGAAGCUCACCGGAUCCCCCGCCCACCACCAACCCCGCCCGGCGGCGCCGCCUCCCUCUCCCCCUCCUGUCGCCGCCCCCGCCUCCACCUCCCGCCUCCAUCGCAUCCGCCCGCCGCCCCUCGCCCACCUGCCCCCUCCGUCCACCGCACUCACCACCGGGCCCCCGCCGCCGGCCUCCGCCGCUGUCGACGUCUGGAUGCGGCCUUCCCUUUCCCCACUCCCCCCGUUCCCCACCGUCAGUGCCGCCGCGGAAUCGCCCAUCUCCGCCUACAUGCGCCGCCUCCACAGCGGCGGGGUCGGGCAGCCGCCGCUGGUGCCCUCACCAACGGCGGCGGCGCUGCUGCUGCCCCCGCCGACUUCCCCACUGGGGUUCGGGUGCCUGCCGUCCCCCCGGACAGCGUACCAGAUGAUGCUGUCGCCGGGCAUGGUGUUCCCGACCUCGCCAGGAGUGUCCUUGCCGAGCCCGAGGUUGGGGGAUCCGUGAUGGGAGGGCUUCGAUGCUUCCUUUCUCUGGAUUAGCCGGCUCUCCAGCCCAGAAGGUCAAACUGUUUCGGAACCGACCAUAGUGCAAGGGUUAUUGCGUGAUUGCUCUGCUCUCCUACAUUGGCCUCAUCUUAUACUCAAACCACCCUCAAAGAUAGCCCACAGCUCUCCAACUUAAGGGCCAAGUAGGCUCAGGUAGGUCAAUCGAGCAUGAUAUCUGGUAUCAAUAGUAGCAGAUACUGAUAUGAAACUAUAUGUUGGCUGAAAUGAAACCAUGCCUCCAUCUACAAGUUACAUCUGCUGUGCAGUAGAUACUUGUUACCACUGCUGGAUUGCCUGGGAUAGAGACAGACCUUGAGACUCAAAUUUCGUGGAUGCCACUUUCAAUGAGCAGCCUGCCUGGUGUCAUGCUCUGGAUGAGAACCUCAUCAAGUUCCAUUGUGCAGCUCACCGUGCCUCAUAGCCGAAACCUCUUUUCUGCUAUGGUCUGGUCUUAAUCCGCAGCCUUUGCUUGGAGAUGCUACUGCUGCUUUUUACCCUUUUCACUUGUUUAUCUUCCAAUCCAAUUCGUAUUUUAACCAAAUUCUUCAACAUAUAGUUCUGCAUUCUCCAUAUUGGAUAAAACUAUCAGAUUAUUCCAGCCGCUUUACCACUACUUCAUGGUUUGCUUUAGAGGCUGGAUCAAAAUCAUAGUAACUUGAUGAAUGUGGUAUGCCGUACGGGGUUUGCUAUCAAGAUUGCAAACCUUGAUCUUCACUCAUCAUUUCUUUGGAUGAGCAUCGUGCUCUCUGUAACUUUCUAGGAUACCAUUCUGGCUUGGCAGGCUUGCUAAUGGAUAUGUUGUUCCAUCAACAUCAUAACCUUCACGGGUUCUCUUUUCUCAGCCACUUUGUUGCUUCCUGUCACCAACAUCAUUUUGCUUUAAGCAUCAUGUCAGCCGUAUUCUGCAAUUGACUUGCUGACCACUUCACAACCAAUCUAUCUCAAAUCUCUUUUGUCAUAUUAAUCUCCCAAGGUCCUCCCUCUUCCAUUGUUGGACCGGCUGUGCCCAUUAGGUUGAUUAGUGUAUCUGGUGGGAAACAUUAUAGGUUAUGAUCCAGGUAUAAUCCACAUAGAGGAUGAUCUCUCUCUUUUUUUUAAAAAAAAAAAAUCUAUGAUUUGCAUGUGGUAGAGUAUUUUUUUUUAUAUUUUGAUCUAAUUAUUUUUCAUGAAGACAUGGUUCAUACGUAUACAAACUGUUUUGUGAUAUGGUAAUCGACGUAUCUUAUCCAAUUGUAUUUGUCAGAGAGUUGGAGGAAAACACAAAAUUUCUCUUUCCGCUAAAAUUUUCUAAAAAUUUUGUCAUGAGUUUACUCCCACAUUAGAAAGGGACAAUCUCUUCUUUAUCUUUAUUUACUUUGAAGUAGGUUUUACACCGCAUACAAGCACCAGCCAACUCGGCUCUCACAAAGAAGAAUUUCUACUCGGUUGCUCAUUGAGGUGAGUUCCAUCUUAAUUCUGCAACCAGGGUUGUUUGGCCAUCUCUCCAAGGCCGCCAAGGUACAUAGAAACCAGUGUCUAUCUAUCUGAAGUUUGAGGUUGGGCCCUUCCAUAAUUUGUUUUACCGGCAAAAAAACAUCUGCUAUUCUGAUUGAUGCAAGAGGUUUCCCAAGAAAGUUCUUUUAAUGGGUGAUUCACGGGAGCUUUGCGCAUGGUCCUGUUUCUGCUGUAGCAUUUCAGCCAAAGUGAUCUCGCCCAAGGAGCUUGCGUGUGACCAAAAUGUUCCUUCAAGGGGAAGGAAUUGUUAUUGCCCACAAGGCUUAGGGUUGGUUGGCGGUUGCAUUUCUACACCAAAUGUUUUCAUCAGUUGUGUCUGAUGAGAUUUAAUCCUGCCGAUAUCUCAUUAAUAUUUUAGGUAGUAGAGAUUUGUUUUGCGUGUUAUCCUGGAGGCUGAAUCUCUACAUGUUUCAUGUCCAAAUUGAUCCAACUCGGUUGUUCACAUUUUGCAAACUUAGCCAUUUCAUCAGGGUGAGUUGCAAGUAAUAUUGAUAGGUUUAAGCUCAUAAAAGAGCAUAAUCUUUCUUCUUUAG